AUGGGCAUUGACAUUGGCUUUGAUCUAUUUCCUCCAUUGGAAAACAACGAACACGACCGCUCUAUUUGGGUCUCCUUCAUCGCCGCGGUCGAAUGGGCAUAUGCAUACGACAGCCAAGUAGUCCUAAUGGCCGACAGAAUAGAAUUCGAAGUGGGCGAGCAUCCUACGCUUCCAUACAAAGGCCACCGAUUCAGGAGAUUCAGCUCCAAAAUAUCGGGACGUUCGCAAGCAGAACCCUAUAUACGCCAUGUGCUUUCUAUUGCUGAGUCGCAUUUUGGCAGAAGGGUACACUUCUGGUCUGAGUUUAGAUAUGAAGGAGAACCUGAACCUAUCUACACAUGGCCCGAGGUGUAUGCAGCUCAAGACAAAAGCGAAUAA